CUGAUGGGUCCGGGAAGGCGAAGAUGCUUCCAUUCUACCAUCACACAAAGAAGGAUGCGGAGGGAUGUAAACGAAUCAAAUACGAACAGGACAUCAUCAUCAAAUGAGACGAUUGAUUCAAUACAAGCAGCUUUUGCUUCUUUAGAUGCUUUGUCGUAUCCAACACAACCUUCACAAUCGAAUAAUGUCAAUUCUCCCGAAAGCAGACAUGAACGUCCAACGUUUUUGCGGGCACAGCCGAAACAAGCUUUCACGAACGAAAUUGUAACGAACGAUGACGAUGCAUUCAGACCACUUUGUGGGGGCCCAACGAAAGCUGAGAUGCUUAUGCGUACGCAAGCUGCAAAUAAAGCAUUUAGCCAAAGACAAAAAUCAGCCCCUCAAAAUGAACGUAGUCUGCCAGAUAAUUCAGCCAAUAUUCGUCCAUCACACAUUAUCCUUAGCUCGCCUCAGCCUUGGCAAGGGGUGAUAUCCACUCAAAAUGCAGGCGAAGUACCCGAAGAACGCACAACACCAACCCGAACGAUUGAGAAUGAUCCCAAAGCGACUGAGGAAGUGGGAAGAGGAGCAACUACCGCUGACCUUGCUUUACCGAGUGGAUCAGUUGAGAAUUCUCCAAAGAAGAAGAGGACGCUUGCAUGGGCUGCAAAACGAGAUCGCAGGAACGCACGUAGACGGCCGUCUCCUCCUUUGACGAGAAGGAGAGCUGCACUCGUUGUGAGCGGGAACAAUAGUCCGAGUGAGCAAACAGAAGAUGCUGUACAACGUUCACAAGACCAAGAUCAGACUUCAACACCUUUUAUGCCGAAUACUGAGCCCUCGGUAGAUAUCACAGAUCCGAGUAAUGGCGACAAGACAAUUCAAGAUGCUCUAAAACGAGGGGUUGCAGGAAGAAAAGCAGCAAAGUCCAUUUCACGUUCUCUCAUUCCUCAAUUGGACAUGACGCUUACGGAGCCACCUUCACCACAGCAGCACGAUGAAGAGGAACAUGCAUUGCACCAUGCUACAGCACCUGCCAUGAACGAAUCUCAAAGCAGGAUUCACGAGCAAUCCAGCGAUACGGAAAGUGAUGGUGAAGGAAAUUCAAUUCGACCAAUAAUCCCUCCGGCAGUCUCUUCGGGAAGCAACACGGAAGAUGAACAUGAGAUGCUUUCGGUAAAUAGAAAUGCUGCUGAAAGAGGUGGUGCCUUGGGUGUAAGGGAUGCGCCAGUCAAACGCAAGCGGGUUGUGAAGCAAGCUCGAAAGGAACCGAAGAAGGCUACACGCCAACCGGAGAAAGAAGCGGGCAAUACUACCGAAAAGGAAGCAGCUGUUCCCGAAAAAAGCCAAAAGAAGAAGAGCAAAAAAAAUCAAUUGAAAGGUAGACCACUUUUUGAAGGCUUAGUAUUCGUCGUAAUUGGCUUUUGGACCAAGGUGAGAAUGUACGAAAAGCUUAUCGAAAAGCAUGCGGGUACGCUCGUCAAGGCAUCACAAUCCACCACAGGUGCUCAGUCUGCACCAUUACUACCUCAAUUCGAUCAUGGUCAUCUACCCGAUGCAAAUCCUGAUGGAAUAACACAUAUCGUAUAUUGCCCGCACGGGAUGUACACGCCCGAUCCGAAGAUCGUUCGAGAGGCAAUCUCGACAUGGAAAAAAGAAGCGGGAAAAUCAUUCAAUCUACAGAAUAUCGAAGUCGUUGAUUCUCGUUGGAUUAGCGAUUGCAUCAGCAACUGUCUUCGCAAAGAGGAUCUCUUGUCUGCAAAGGAAUAUCGGAUCGCCGUUUAGUAACUUGUAAUAUUUCUGUAACUCUAAAAGUAGUCCUUAUAAUCAUGUACAUUAAUUUACCGUGUCUCAAUCUCCCACAGAAAUGUUACUUAAUGUAUCAAUUUGUAUACAUGAAUUUUAUGAUC